CUCAUUUUAUAUUUGUAGGCAUCAGUGAUUUUUCACAAGAAAUAUACACAGACAAAUCAAACUGACACUUGCAUUUAUGAAGUGCCACUUAAAAGAUUUGUGACCACCACAACUGCUGAAGUCAAUUGUCCAGCCAAUCACAAGAUGAUCAGUUAACGAGCUGCAGCUGCUGCUCAGAUGAAGCAAAGUGUUUCUCUCCAGACAGCACAGGGAACUCUCUGAAAUCUGCAACUCACGGACCAAGGUUUCCUGCCGGGAAGGUUUUAUGAUGCAUCUUUCCUUACUUCUGCUGUUUCUGAGUUUGGGGGCAAUGGUAAAAUGUGCUGCUGGAAGUGAAUGGUGCUAUAACGGCUGUGAGCACACCCCGAAUAAGUGGGCAGACAUCCCCGGUGCUUCCUGUGGAGAAAAAAGGCAGUCUCCUAUUAAUAUCGUCACUGCCGAUGUUAACACUGACCAUCACCUGCUUAACUUCACCUUUGUCAACUUCUCCUCUCAACACGUCAUCAAGUCCAUCAUAAACAACGGUCAUACAGUGAAAUGCAUAUUGGAGGCAAAUGAAGUUGAAGUGAGUGGAGGUGGACUUAAUGGAACUUAUUCUACACUUCAGUUUCACUUUCACUGGGGCAAUACAGAAUAUCAUCCAGGUUCAGAGCACAUGAUUGAUGGGCACAGAUAUCCCAUGGAGAUGCACAUAGUCAGUCUGAAGAAAGGCCUCUCCGCGCAGGACGCCAAGGAGGAUUCAGAGGGAAUUGCAGCUCUUGGGUUUUUCAUAAAUGCAACAGACGAUGGAGAUAUGUCGGGACCAUGGGGCGAUCUCACAUCUUACCUGACAAACAUCACAGGCACAGAGGUUGAUAUGAACCAUAACAUUUCUAUCGAUGACCUGAUUGGAAAUGUAGACCUCACGAAGUUCUAUCGGUACAUGGGCUCCCUGACCACCCCCAACUGCAGUGAAGCCGUUGUGUGGACACUCUUUCAAGAGCCAAUAAACAUCAACAAAAAACUGGUUCAGCGGUUUCCCAUGAAGACAAGACUCGCCAAUGUGUAUCGGCCUAAACAACCUCUUAAUGGACGUCACGUCUUCGCUUCCCCUGCAACUCCUUUAUCACCCAGUCAUUCGUGGUGCUAUGAGGAGGAAGCCUGUGAGUACAAGCCGGCUCAUUGGCACAAUCUGCCUCACUCGCAAUGUGGCGGCGAGCGCCAGUCACCCGUCAACAUCGAGACACGUGACACUGUGUCGGACGAGCAUCUCGACGCCUUCAAUUUUACAAAGUUUGACGACAAACAUGCCAUCAUGUACAUGACUAACACAGGCCACUCAGUGAAGUGUGUGUUGAAAGAGGACAUGGUGGAGGUCUCAGGCGGCGGUUUGGGAUACGUCUACUCCACCCUUCAGUUCCACUUCCAUUGGGGCUCAUAUAAGUCUGAUGGCUCAGAGCACAAAGUGGAUUCAAAGAGAUACCCAAUGGAGAUGCACAUAGUGAACAAGAGGAAGGAUUUAACUCUGGAAGAGGCACUAGAGACUCCUAAUGGUUUGGCAGUGCUGGGAUUCCUUAUUGAGGCGAAGAGUGCCCAGAGCAGCAGUUCAGGACAUCGUGAGACACAUCCCACAUCUGAUAUGGAGGCCUGGAAAAAACUGACCAGCUAUAUUUUAGCUAUUCAUAACAUCAGCUCAGAAGUUAACGUCACAGAUGCGAUCUCCAUUGAUGACUUGCUUGGCGAUGUCAACCGUGCUCAAUACUACCGCUACAACGGCUCCUUAACCACCCCUUCAUGUCAUGAAGCGGUGGUAUGGACAGUCUUUAAAGAGUCUGUCAAGGUGGACCAAAACCUGAUGACGAUGUUCCCGACUCAUGCAGGAUAUCACAACGUCUAUCGGCCUACGCAGUCUCUUCAUGACAGGACAAUCUACUCCACCAAAUCAGCAUCCAGUGCCCCUGUUGCCAUCAUACUGCUGCUACUGCUGGCAUGUCUCUGUGCCUUUUCAUACAACUUGUGAGACGAUUAGCUAAUCGGAACUGCUGUGAAGAAGUAUAUUGCGCUAAUUAUCGGUCUUGCUUGGAAAGUGCUGUUUCAUUGGUGAUUUUCAUUGAUGUAGUAUGCAAUUAUAUAAUCUCACAAGAUCAAGAUCACAUCUUUUGAUUUGUAUCAAAGUGGUUACUACUUGAUUUAAUUUUAAUCGUAUCCCGAUUUGCUUUGCUCUAUCAAAACAUGCAGGAGAAUUUAAACCUUCAAUCAACUAUAUCUCAUGGUAAUUCAAGACUAUUGUCUAUUAUGCUAAAUCAAUAAUUAUAGUUGUUGACCACUGCACAGAAGAUGCAACAUGAAAAAUAAUGUGUUAUUCCAGUGAGUGUUCUUGUGCUUUUAUGAGUGGGGAAAUAAAUAAUCGUAUUGAUACUGUUU